ACCUACCCUCUGAACUCGGAGAGUGACAACGUGACCAGCUACAUCUGUGUAGUCCCCUUUAAGGAGCUGGGUCUGGGACUGAGCGAAGAGCAGGUCUCUGAAGAGGAAGCACACAAUCUCACUGAUGGCUUCAGCUUGCCUGCACUCAAGGUCCUCUUUCAGCUCUGGGUAGGGCAGAGUUCAGAAUUCUUCAGGAGGCUGGUGCUGCUCCUCUCCCCAGCCAAUGCGUCCCCCAAACCCUUGGUCUCCCCUGAACGGCUGCCUCAUCAUAUCUUGUCUGAUGUGACCCAAGGCCUACCUCAUACACAUGCUGCCUGCUUAGAGGAGCUUAAGCGAAGCUAUGAGUUUUAUCGGUACUUUGAAACUCAGCAUCAGUCAGGUUUUGAACGGACAGCCAGAACAAAGCAGAAAUCAAGAGAGCUGAACAGUCUCCAGACAGCGGUACGCAGCUUGCAGCUACAUCUCAAGGCACUGCUCAAUGAGGUAAUAAUUCUUGAGGAUGAACUUGAAAAACUUGUUAGCACUAAGGAGACACCUGAGUUGACAACAGAAGCCCAUCAGGUUCUGGAACAAAAACUAAAGUUUAUUCAGCCUCAUAUCCAGGCAAGCAACAGCUGCUGGGAAGAAGCCAUUUCUCAGGUGGAAAAAAUGAGUGGAAGAAACCCAAAUAAAAAAGGCAAACUUGAAGUUUCCUGUGACAGCCUACAGCGUACUACAGUACCUUUAACCCAGUCUGCCAUACACAUAGAAAACAAAGAUCCAAUCCCUGAAGAGCAGGAAUUGGAAGCAUAUGUCGAUUAUUCAGAUACGGAAAAUGAAUACAAUAGGGAAGAUUUUUACUGCUUUUCCCAGGAAGAAAGAGAGAGACAAGAACGAGAGAGACAGGAAUCAAAGAGGGUGUUACAAGAAUUGAAAUCUGUCCUGGGAUUUAAAGCUUCAGAAAUAGAAAGACAGAAAUGGAAACAGCUGCUAUUCAGUGACCAUGCUGCAGUGAAACCCUUGUCUCCUGUAGAACCACUGACGCUACUAAAUAAUUUGGAAUCACAUAUGAAUUCAGAUACAGAAAAGCAGGACUGCAGCCAAAUUUGUGAUAAAUCUGAAGAAAAAUACUCUAAUCCCAAAGUGAAUGCUGCUGAUAAAAGCAGGACAGAAUAUUUGUAUGAAGAUCCUGAGAUGGUGAAAAACAAAGACAGCACUAAUAAUGAAGGUAUUUCUACAAGGGCUGAAGAAAGAAUGUGUUAUCAGCACGAAGGGGAAGUUGAAGAACUCAAGCCGAGCAAUGUGGAUGGAGUGGAGGUUUCACAGUCUCCUUCUAAGGAUGCAUUGCACUCAAAAGUCAAGCACAGGCUGGCCCAGCUCCACAUAUCAACAGAUUUAAACUUCACAUCUGGUCUGGCUGCACAAGUUGCUGCCAGGUCUUUCACUUUUACUACAAUGCAAGAAGAGACUUUUGGAGAUGAGGAGGAGGAGAAGACACAGGAGUGUGAAGACCUUGUGGAGGUCUGUGAAAAUGAAGAUAGAGGCUCCGAAAGUGAAGGAAAAGUCUAA